AUGAUGAACUGGUAUAAAGAGCCGGUUAUCAUUAUAGUAAAUCCGUUCGAAUUUUUGUCCAUGCAUCUUAAAAAGGACACUUUGAUAAUGAUUGGAGAUACACUUCUCACUACGCUAAAAUACAAACAAUUGUGUCAAGCAAGAUCAUUUAGUUAUGUGGACUUCACACACCAGAGACAGACUACUGCAAAUCUACUGUCGGUGAAUAUCGAGCUAUAUUACCUUGAAUCACUUGAUGCAAAAAUUGAAAAACUCAUCAAUAUUUGUGAACAAUCUUACAAAUUAGGAAUAUUUGCUGACAUUUAUAAAAAAGCGAAAGAGUUGUAUAUGAAUACCAUCUUUUGCCGUUGCACAUUGACGACGCUAAAUGUGGCAAAGUGUAAAGGGAACAAUAUUAAGCCAAGCUUAAAGAAGGCGAAGGAGCAAAACGCCAUAAAACUUUCAACAAAAUUCAACAUUUUAAAAUAG